UAUUCUCUUUGUUAUAUUAUUUGAUAUUGGAGGACGUAAACCACUAAAUUAUAAUAAUGCGGUGUUUAUGAAUUUUGUGCGAGCUUAUUGCACCGAGAUUUAAAACGAUUGUUUAGUUAUUUGUAUAAUAAUAUAAUCGCGUAAUGAGAUUUUUCAAUCAAGAGAGGAAGAUCCAACUGACUCUCGAUUGCGGACAGAAGGAAUCCGGCAGCACUAGAUGCCAUCAAUGCCAUAUGGUGUACACAGUUGGUGAUAAAGAGGAUAUCAAAGCUCACAAAGAGUAUCAUCAAAUAAAAUUAUUUCCAACAGUCCGGCUAUUUCACCAUUCAUCAGGUAAUCAAGGAUCAGUGAGGGUCGGCCUACGUAAUCCAAAUUAUCAAGAAAAGCAAGCGCAAUUACAGUGAAGCCCAUCAAAGAUGUGCUCCCUAUUCUGUACUAUGCAAAGUUCCAUAAUCGUUGAUUUGUCAUCUCGCAAAAUACCUGUCUAUAAACAUAACAACUAACUCAACAGUCAGAUAUCGGAACAAGUGAAGUGUAUCGGAUCCAUACACUCCCAAACAUUAUGCUAAUUGUAGCAGAAGUAUAUUUUUAAUCAAUCUGACAAUUGUAACUCGACAAGGGAUUUCUAGUUGGUUUGACAUCAAGAGUUUUUGUCUAACUUUCACUAGCUUCACUCAGCCUCUGUUUAUGAAAUGAAAAUAUAUAUUUAUUCUUCAAUCGUCAAGUAUAAGAGCGUAUCUAAAGGUGAUUUACAUAAACAAAUCAUUACCUUUGGUUCCAUACCUACGAGUAUAGGAAAUCAAAGUUUAUAUGAAGCAUCUGUGCUCUAUCUAAAUUAAAUGACAAAAAAUCCGUUCGUCAAGCCACGAUCUAAAAGUAAAUUAGUAUAUUUCAGAAAUAUUAAGUUUAAUAGCUGUCCCAUACUAAGACUCCGUUCCCAUAUAGGUUCGAGUACAUCAUCAGCGCUAAUUGGUGCUUAUAUAGUGAAUAACAAUAAGGACUUCAAGAUUAAGUCACCGAACUCACAAACUACACCAUUAAAACACUUCAUUUCAUCUACAAACAAUCUCAGUAUGCAACACUGACUGGGAAAUAUAUUUAAAAAUUGCGAUGGUGAUUGGAUCGAAACACGAGACCCGUUUGUAGCGCCACUUACUGUUGGUUUAAAUAGUAUGAUGAGUACUAGACAUCUGGAUUAGGAUACUUACGUCAACAGAAACUACUCAUUGGAGGUCUGAGGUAGAAUAACCCACCUUUUUCUGUUACCCUUGAUUCAUAUUUUUCUCGUUUUUCUAAGUAUAUCGUACACAAUUAUCACGAAAAAUGUUUAGAAACAUACAGACUAGACCACGAUGCUCUAAAAUAAUGUCCAAUUUUCAAAAUGAACUGUGUUAUCGAUGGAUAUUAUACUUAGGUCGUUUACGUUUUAGUAUAUCAUAUUUUCAUCAAGAAAUAUAUGACACUUGUUUCUCAAGAUGUUCAGUGAUGAAGGAAAAGCGAUAACUUAGGGCAAAAAGUAAUUACCCGUUGAUACUAACAGCAUACAAUCUGACUUUUUCGUAUGGUUGUUUUAGCUACCACGAGGACGCCAUGAAAAUAUCAUCAUGGAAAAUUUCGAUGGUUCACGAGUGACGGAACUACUAACUACUCUUCGAUUAGGACAAUCCUUUUAUGAACGAAUAUCAACACUGAUGAGCCUUGACCUUGGUUACGAUGUACCAUCAGAAGAGAGUAACCUCCAUUAUGUUAAGUUGUCUAAUACCUUACAUCCUGACUGGCGUGUUUUCGUGUACGUAAAGGAUCGAACACAAUUAGUCGUGGGCUGUUGCAUUGUUGAGGAACUAACUACAAAGAAAAUAUCAGCAAAGAGUUACAAACUGAGCAGACUGAUUAGUGGACGGAAAAGUCUCUUAUCUUGGAAUAUCCAGAAUGCCCACCGGAGUGACGAUCAAUGUGAUUUAAUUUCCCCAAAUCCCGACCUUUCUCAUGUAGACAUUAACGGACCGAUUUGUGGCAUUCGGCGGAUAUGGGUAGAACAUAAAUAUCGUCGGAAGGGAAUAGCCACAAAUUUAUUAGAUGCUGUGCUACAAAACUUAAUUUAUGGUUUACCGCUCUCUCGUACACAAACAGCUUUUUCCGAACCAACAGCAAAUGGCGCAGAUUUUGCUGUAUCUUACACAGGUCGAGAAGACUUCUUAAUAUACUGAUUUUAUACUUUUAUAAUGAAAACUGAACACUUGCAGUUAUUUAUAGUUCUAAAUAGAGUAAAUUAUAUAUUCACUGUAUUCAGUUAUUUUAAACGAGGAAGAAGCACAUGCUAUUGGUAAAUCGCAUAAUUUUCGUCGUUCACAGAAUCGUGAUGAAUGUAUUACCGUUAGAGUAGAUGCACUUGACUUGCUAACUCAGUAGUCCAACAUUCAUUUAUUAGAUAAACAAAACCUGGGAGACAAUGUAUCUAUAUCUUAUAUACAAACCAAAUAGACCACAUCGUACCGUAAAACAGAAAAUACAAUUUGUACAAGAUCUAGCCAAAAGUGGCCGUGAGUGUGGGAGACUGUAAUUAAUUAACUGGGCGGUAAAUCGUAUCAAAAUAGUUCAUGGGUCAAAAUAAAGC